AUGCUGCCGACAACCGUCAAGCUUUAUCUGCUGCCGCUUCUGCUGCUGCUCGCGACAUCGUUUCGUCACGUCGCCUCGUCCGACGACGAGCUCAAUUAUGAGCUCGACGAGGGCGUCGUCGUGCUCACCGACAAGAAUUUCGACGAGUUUUUGAAGCGCAAUCCGACGACGCUGGUCAAAUUCUAUGCGCCUUGGUGUGGACACUGUAAACAAUUGGCGCCCGAAUACGAGAAGGCGGCUGGAAAAGUGUCGGUUCCGCUGGCGAAAGUUGACGCGACCGUCGAAACCGAGCUCGGAAAACGAUUCGAGAUCCAAGGGUAUCCGACAUUGAAAUUCUGGAAGGACGGACAAGGUCCCACCGAUUAUGAUGGUCCGAGAGAUGAAGCUGGAAUCGUCGAAUGGGUCGAAUCGCGCGUCGAUCCGAACUACAAGCCGCCGCCCGAGGAGGUCGUGACGCUGACGGCGGAGAACUUUGACGAUUUCAUUGGGACCAACGAGCUCGUGCUCGUCGAGUUCUAUGCUCCAUGGUGUGGGCAUUGCAAGAAAUUGGCGCCCGAAUUCGAGAAGGCUGCCAAGACGCUCAAAUCGAAAGGAAGCAAAAUCAAACUCGGAAAAGUCGACGCGACGGUUGAGAAGGACCUGGGAACCAAAUAUGGAGUUAGUGGCUAUCCGACGCUGAAGGUUAUUCGCAAUGGAAGACGAUUCGAGUAUAAUGGUCCGCGCGAGGCGAAGGGAAUCGUGCACUACAUGCUGGAACAAUCGAAGCCGGCGGCGAAGAAGCUCGAGAAGCUGCGCGACGUCGAGCGUUUCAUGAGCAAAGACGACGUGACGAUCGUCGGCUUCUUCGCCACCGAGGACUCGAGCGCGUUCGAGGCGUUCGCCGACGCCGCCGAGAUGCUGCGCGAGGAGUUCAAAACGAUGGGACACACGUCGGACGCGGCGGCGUUCAAAAAGUUUGACGCGAAACCCAACGACAUCAUCAUCUUCUAUCCGUCGCUGUUCCACAGCAAAUUCGAGCCGAAGAGCCGCACGUACAACAAAGCGUCGGCGACGUCGGAAGACCUGCUCGCGUUCUUCCGCGAGCACUCGGCGCCGUUGGUCGGCAAAAUGACGAAGGCGAACGCGGCGACGCGAUACACGAAGAAGCCGCUGGUCGUCGUCUAUUACAAUGCCGAUUUUUCGCUUCAAUAUCGCGAGGGAAGCGAGUUUUGGCGUCAAAAAGUGCUCAAUGUUGCUCAAAAGUACCAGAAAGACAAAUAUCGCUUCGCGGUGGCCGAUGAGGAGGAGUUCGCCAAAGAGCUCGAGGAGCUCGGACUCGGCGAUUCGGGACUCGAGCACAACGUGGUGGUGUUCGGCUACGACGGCAAAAAGUACCCGAUGGAUCCGGAGGAGUUCGACGGCGAUCUCGACGAGAACCUGGAGGCGUUCAUGAAGAAGAUCAGCUCGGGACGCGCGAAAGCGUUUGUGAAAUCGGCGCCGCCGCCGCGCGACGACAAAGGACCCGUGCGAACCGUCGUCGGCUCGAACUUUGACAAAAUCGUGAACGAUGAGACGAAGGAUGUGCUCAUCGAGUUCUACGCUCCGUGGUGUGGCCAUUGCAAGAAUUUCGAGCCGAAAUACAAAGAAUUGGCGGCGAAAUUGAAAAAAACCCAACCGAAUUUGGUGUUGGCCAAAAUGGACGCGACCGUCAAUGAUGCGCCGAGCCAGUUUGCCGUGGAAGGAUUUCCGACUAUCUAUUUUGCGCCGAGCGGCAAGAAGUCGGAACCCAUCAAAUACAACGGCAAUCGCGAUUUGGACCAUCUGACGAAAUUCAUGAAGGACAACGCGGUGAAAUCGUUCCAGGCCGGCAAAGACGAGCUCUAA